AUGAUGAAAUUAUUAGAACAUUGUAAUAUACCAUUCAUAUUUUUCUUGUUAUUCGGAUGUGUUUUAAUAAAUUUUUUUAUAUCGUAUAAAUCUUUUACUCGAACAAACAAUUAUGAUAAAACAAUACACAAUGAAAAUGAACAACAAUUAAUUUGGACAUAUGAAAUGAAACUCUUCUGUUCUAAACUACAGCAACGUAUUGAGAAUGAGAAAAAAAAUAAACUAUUGAAUCCAUUAUUUAAUCGUAACAUUACAAUUAUAUCAUCGAAUUUAAAUAAAUAUAUCAAACGACAAUCUAUAGAAAUUUCUUAUUAUUAUUCUGAUUGGCAUUCUUCACCCGAUUUACCUCGUCGACUUACUCCAUGUGAUCAUCAAUUAUAUACAGAACUACUUAGAAUUCUUGAUCAUUUCUUUCGUCAACAUAACAUCUCCUAUAUGAUGACGGAUGGAACAUUAUUAGGUAGUUAUACACAUCAUGAUUUUUUACCAUGGGAUGAUGAUGUUGAUUUGCGCAUAUUUAUGCGUGAUCGUUCACGUAUGUAUACUCUUCUUCAUCAAGAAUUAGGUCAUACCAUUAGAAUAUUAAAUAUUUCUAAUCAAUUUGGAUGUUAUGAUAUAUUGUAUUUUCCUUGGUCACCACAAGCUGGUGUAUACAAUUGGUCAUAUCCUAAUGUUCAUAUUACUUAUUUAGAUGAAAAUUCUACACAUAUAUGGAGAGAAUAUAAUGAUGAACAUUCCAUUCAUGAUUGUUCUAUUUCUAAACUUGAUAUAUUUCCAUUUGUUUGGCGUCCAUUCGGUCAAAUUUGGUUGCCUGCUCCUCGAGAACCUUUAGUCAUUUUUGAAUUACUUCAAUGGAAAUCAUUGGAUAAAAUGUAUUAUGCCAAGAAUUAUUCACACAAAUAUGAACGAGAAAUACCAUUUAUAGAUGGUCGUGCACGACCACAUCAACUUUAUCCAUAUUAUCCUUGGGUGAAACGAUAUUGUUUAAAAACAUAUUGUAUUGAACAACUUGUGGCAAUUUACAAUAAUACAAACAUUACAAUACAUACUGUGAACGAAUUUGUACCCGAACGCUAUUUAGUUUUACUGACUGAACAAAUGACUGAAAUGCUAUUUCGUUUAAUGACUUGUAAUGAUACAUCAACAAUAAUGUCUGAAUGUAGAUAUGAUCAUCGAACACCAUUAGAUAUUAGUGCUGGUAGUGGUAACGUAUCAACACCAAGUUCAAAUUCUACCAAUGGCCGACCUUCAUUACAAUUACAGUCAAUGCAUCAAUCGUGUAUCAAAUGUAAAAGAAAAAUGUUGACUAUUGAAGAAUUUCGUGAAUUACAUUGUUAA